UAAUCGCAUUGCAGGCACUGGAACCCCUCUAAGCACUGACGUAAUUUCCACCGUAAUUGCGCAAGCGAACAGGAACGUGGAGCAGCCUCGUCCGUUGCCAAUCAACCCGCGACAUCGUACACAAUCAACCGGCCACCAUGAGCGAAAGCGCGUCAACCGCGACGACGUCCGCUUCCUCCAGCGCCGAUGACAACGCUCGCAAGGUGCAGCAGUACAAAGAUAACCUCAUCAACCGCGCGGAAACGCUCAUCGUCAAGGAGUUUCCCGAACGCAUCGUGCGGCUGAACACGCUACUAGAGACGCCACAGUUUUCCGAGCGAUCCUUCACCGACGUGUACCAGGAGCUGAACAUUCCCAUCCCGGAGCCGAUCCUGAUGGACGGUGAGAUUAGUAGCAAACGUCCGCGGCUCAGUUCCGUUACGCCAAUGUCGCCGGUCGAUGGUAAUGGAACUGGAAUCGGUACGAAGGUCCACGCGCUUCCGUCCGGGCGCGUCGAGUGUAACAGACCGAUCGGUGAGCUUGUCUGCAUCGUGAAGCCCAUCAUCCGUGCCCUGGUGGAGGACUCGAACCUGCUCAAGAUGUGGAUCUCGUUCAUGAUACCGAAGAUCGAGGAUGGCAACAAUUUUGGCGUGUCGAUCCAGGAGGACACGCUCGCCGAGAUUCAGUCGGUCGAGACGGAGGCGGCCGCGUUUUUCGACCAGAUCUCGCGGUAUUUCGUGUCUCGGGCCAAGGUCGUCUCGAAGGUGGCGAAGUACCCGCACAUUGAGGACUACCGGCGGGCGGUGGCCGAGCUAGACGAAAAGGAGUACCUCAGCUUGUGGCUGGUGCUGAGCGAAAUCCGGAACCGCUACUGCUCGCUGCACGACAUCGUCAUCAAGAACAUGGAGAAGCUGAAAAAACCGCGCUCCUCCAACACGGACAGCCUGUACUAG